UAUUUUGUUGGGUAGCAUGUUUCACUAACCCUUGGCACAUGUGAAAGCGGAAUGAAGGGAAAGCGUUGUUGAUGAAACGUUCCUAAAUAACUGAAAUAUUAUCUCGUCGAAAACAGUUUAGAAAUGAAGAAGAAGCAGUCCGUUCCAGAGGAACCAGCAGAGAUGAUUCCCUCAGAUUCCUCUCGACAAGAGGAGGACGAGGAAAAUGAGGCUCCAGUUAAAGCAAAAAGAAGCAAAGCUGAUCACGCAGGGGAGGAGGUUGUCUAUCACCCGGUGAAGCUAUCUCGAAAUGAUCUGUACCGACCUCCUACAGCAGAGGAGCUCAACCAACUGAAAGAGGCAGAAAGCCUGUUUCACUGCAGUCUGCUCAAAAUGCAGAUGGAGGAGCUGUUGAAAGAAGUUGCACUGAGUGAACGCAGGAAACGCCAAAUAGAUUCAUUCAUUCAGACAGUCACCAAGUUAAUCCAGACUGUGCCAGACUCACCAGAAGUUGAGGUAAGUGACCUGUCCUGGCUGUCUGGUGCAGUAAAGGUCCCAUUUCUCUUGGUGCCAAAAACAACAAAGGGGAAGUUCCACAUGGCACCUCCUUCUUCCAUUGAUCUGAUUGGGAGCUACCCCUUGGGUACCUGCACCAAACCAAAUGUCAUGGUGGACCUGGCUGUCACAAUUCCAAAUGAUGUCCUCCAUCCAAAAGAUGUCCUGAACCAGAGGUAUCCGAGGAAAAGGGCUCUCUACCUGGCAGGCCUGGCCCAGCAUCUCGCUUCCUCUUCUGACAUCGGGACCAUGCAGUAUUCCUGUCUCCAUGGGAAUCGACUUCGACCCGUUCUGCUGCUGACCCCUCCAGGUAAAGACUCUUCCAGCUUCACCCUCCGUGUUCAUGCCUGUCCGGCUCCCGGGUUCUUCAAGCCUAGCCGUUUCCAUCCCCAGAGGAAUAACAUCAGGACAGAGUGGUACACUGGUCUGCAGACGUCCCAGUCUGAGAGCUCUGAACCUCCGACUCCACAUUACAACAGCUCUGUUCUGGGAGAUUUAUUGCCGAGGGCUCACCUCCAGUUCCUCUCUGCUGUCAGCUCUCAGUGCUCAGCUUUUACUGAUGGUGUGGCUUUACUUAAAGUCUGGCUUCGUCAAAGAGAGCUUGAUCAGGGCACUGGUUGUUUUAAUGGCUUCCUAGCUUCAAUGCUGCUGGCGUAUCUACUGAUCACUCAUAGAAUCAGUAACAGCAUGACGGCAUAUCAGCUUCUUCGAAACGCCUUGAACUUCUUGGCAUCUACAGAUCUGACAGUGAAUGGAAUCAGCCUGGCCAAAGAUCCUGACUCUACAGCUCCAUCCAUUUCAGAGUUCCACGAUGCUUUCCAGGUUGUCUUUGUUGACCCUUCGGGACACCUUAACAUGUGUGCUGACAUCACUGCUUGUACAUACAAACAGCUGCAGCAUGAGGCGUCUUUGUCAAUGCAGUUCUGGGACAACCCUACAGUGGAUGGGUUCCAGUGCCUCCUCAUGACACCCAAACCCAUGAUAAGGACAAGUGACCAUGUGUUCCAGUUGUGUGAGCUGGUGAAGCUUCAGUCCAGCUGUAAGAAACUGAAUCUUCUCAGUGAGCUGAUGGACCACAGUGGGGAUUACAUCCACACUGCACUGCCUUUUAUUCUGUCUCUUCUCCAGCAAGGAUUGUCCCAAAGGAUUCACCUCCUUACCCACUCCCUCUCUCCUGACCCUAAGUGGUCUGUGGAGAGCGAAGCCCCGAAGCACAAAGCUCAGCCUCCGCUAUCUUUUGGUUUGCUCUUAAGGGCAGAGCUGUCAUCCACUGUCCUAGACCGAGGCCCACCAGCAGACAGCCCCAAGGCGGCUGAAUUUCGUCAGCUGUGGGGUCCUCGCUCUGAGCUGCGUCGCUUCCAGGAUGGUGACAUCACCGAGGCCGUGCUGUGGCACGGAGAGAGCAUUUGCCAAAAGCGUCUGGUUCCCAAACAGAUCAUCACACACUUGCUGCAGCUGCACGCAGACAUCCCCGAAUCCUGUGUGCGGUAUGUCGGGGCGAUGGUGGAUGACGUCAUUAAAACGGGAAGUGAGGUGUCUGGCACUGGAGAGGAGGAGAGCUUAGUGGUGGUUCAGUCCUAUGAUGACCUGAGCAGAAAACUAUGGAGGCUGGAAGGUCUGCCUCUCACCAUCACUGCUGUGCAAGGAGCGCACCCUGCACUCAGAUACACACAGGUCUUUCCCCCACGGCCACUGAAACUGGAGUAUUCCUUUUUUGACAGAGAGAAAACUUCCAGAUCACUGGUGCCGAAGGAAGGCAAACCAUGUCCUGUCUAUAUCACUCCUAUUACAGUAAUCUGUCACAUGGAAGGGAGUGGGAAAUGGCCUCAUGACCGCCUCGCGAUCCAGCAUAUCCGAGCUGCCUUUCACAUCCAACUCGGGGAGUUACUCAGAAAGCACCAUAACUAUACAUGCAGGCCCUGUCCUACCCACCUGGAUGUCUGGAAGGAUGGCCUGGUGUUCCGAAUCCAGGUGGCAUAUCACCGUGAACCUCAGGUGCUCCGGGAGAGCUUGACUGCAGAGGGGCUGCUGGUUGUAAGAGACAACGAUGAGGCCCAGGCUCUGGAGAUGGCGACCAUUCACAAGCCUCUGCUUACUAGCACAUUACAUGGGCUCCAGCAGCAACACCCAUGUUUUGGCGCAGCGUGUCGCCUGGUCAAACGCUGGCUCAGUGCUCAGCUGUUCAGCGACGACAUUACAGAGGACACAGCAGACCUGCUGGUGGCGUCGCUUUUCCUGCAGCCCGCUCCCUUUACUGCUCCCAGUUCCCCACAGGUGGCCUUCCUUCGCUUCCUUCAUCUGCUCUCCUCCUUUGACUGGAGGAACAAUCCGCUGAUUGUCAACCUCAACAACCAGCUCACGGCUGUGGACUACACAGAGAUCAAGAAUGGCUUCAUGGCCACCCGGGAGUCCCUGCCUGUCAUGUUUAUAGCUACGCCUAAAGACAAAAAACUGUCUAUGUGGACCAAACGCUCACCUAGCAUUCAGAUGCUGCAGCGUGUGAUAAUGGUGGCUGCAGAGAGUCUUAAAGUGCUGGAACAUCAGCUGAUAGAUGGCAGCCAGAAGCAGGAUGUCAGGGUGAUUUUGCGUCCUCCUCUGGAAGCUUACGAUGUUGUGAUUCACCUGAACCCAAAGCAGGUCCCCUUGCUGGACCAGGCAGUAGAUCCUCCGGCCAUCACCUUCAGCAGGGGCGUGAUGUCUGGCAGUGCGGCUCAGCCUGGAGGGCCCCUUCCAGUCAUCGACUAUAACCCUGUGUCCCUCUACCUGGGAGAGCUAAGAGAGGCAUUUGGAGACUUGGCCCUUUUCUUCUGUGAUCCAUGUGGUGGAACAGUAAUCACAGUUUUAUGGAAGCCAAAGGCAUUCAUCCCAACCCCCUUUAAGACGUCACAGGUGUCUGCUCGCAGCGUGGAGGUCACUGGAGAUGAAACUAAGACUGUUCCCAAUGUUGAAGCAAUACUGGAGGACUUCCGAAUUAUGGGGAAGGGCUUGGUCAAGUCAGUGGAAGCCAGGACUGAAAAAUGGUCAUUUUAGACGCAGCACAAAUAAACAUACUCCCCCCCCCAGUUCAAUUCCAUUACAAAAUAAUAAAACGGUGAAAACAUGAAUGAAUUUUGAGCUUCUUGUUAACCAUAUGCGUUAACACUUCUGGCUCUCAUCCAUCUGUGUUUGUUUCAUGUCCAAUAAAUGCAUACAUGCUGUUUGUAUUUCAGUUUAUUUGCCUCUUAAUUUCAUUUAAUUGUCUUGAUUUUUAUACAUCUAUGGGUAUAUAACACUUGCACAUCUGCAAAACAAUGACAUUUAGCUUUAAAGUCAUUUAUUUAAAAAAUAGUUAUUCAGAAACCUUUAUGAUAAAACUUUUGAGUCAUUUAUCAUAGUUUUUUAUUAGAUAUAAUUAGAUUUAUAUGUACUCAAGUUUCUCAUGAGGAUUUCCUUCCUUCCACACGAGGGGACAUUUUAAUCAUUUUAAUGGAACUUUAAAACUUUUUCCUCUUAUUUAAUUGACUAAGUGAUGAACAGAGAAUGCAGUUAUCUAUGACUGAAAGCAUAUGUAACCAUAUGCAGCAAUUAUGUGUAAGUACUGUAUGAGUAACCAUUUUAGUAACCUAAAACUGUUGGUAGACAUUCAAAACUCUGCAAACGGGAUCUAUUUCAUCAGUGCUGCUGAUGCAAAGAUACUGUUUGUGUUUUAUUUUAGACAAAGAAAAAGGCUAUGAUUACCAAGAAGAGCAAUGGAACUUGUGAAUGUUUUGCUUUUAAUUUUUCUAUUUCUUUUUAAGUUGUCACCUUUGUUGCUCAUUAUAAGAAAAACUAAACAUGGCUUGGAGUCACAACUUUUAACAUUUGUACAAGCAGGACAGCAAAAAGGCA